ACUUGCAAUCCUCUACUUAGUGACAACCAUAUCCUAUCCUCAGAUAAAAGCAAUCAUUUGUCCCUCGCCUCAGCAGCAGACAGCCUUUAACCAUGGGUCAUUCGAAUGGACGUUUCGUUGGCGACAAUCCGCCACCGUAUAAGCCAGAUCCCAACAAGCCCUCGAAUCCUUAUGUCUUAGGAUACAAAUUCGAGGUACACUCACAUAUCGCGCCGAGCCCUCUGGGGUCACCAUACACGAAUGAUACGAUUUUACCCCCUGCUGAUAUGCACGAGUCGACUCAACUGGAGUAUUGCUUAUCACAUCCGCCUCGUGCGGGAUCACUGUCGGACAAGUCAAUGUGCUUAGAGAUCACCAAGGCUAUAAGACUUACCGAGAGCGAAGAUAUUCAGAGUGGGGCUCAAAUCGUUGUUGUCAAUCAAACCAUGGUCGCAAAGAUCUAUGAUCCUCUUUACUACAUCCCAGACGAUUUCGCUAUCAAAUUUGACGCCGUUGCUAUGGCAGAUUCAGACUACACUCGUGAAGCACUGGCCUAUCAAGAACUCAAAGAGUUCCACGGAAACUAUGUACCUCACUAUUACGGCUCUUGGUCCUGCUAUAUAUCUACGGAGUCACCUACAGGCAAAACGGUGCAACGUCCUGUUAGACUCAUCUUGAUGGAAUACAUCCAAGGCGUUAGCCUCCACGAGCUACUCCCUACGGAACUCUCCAAUGAACAGCGCUCAAAUAUAAUGGUCAAGGUCAUUGAGUUAGAAGCUAUGAUAGAACAUCGUGGCGGUGUAUCUCAAAAAGACAUAGCUCCAAGAAAUUUCAUUUGCACAGGCCACGACUAUGUUGAUCCGAACCUUCGAAUUGUACUCAUUGACUUUAAUGUCUCAGUUGUCAGGAGACUAGCACUCCCGGUAUCACCUAUCUACAGGUGGACAGCUAACGCUGGUGACUUUGCCUAUGACUGGCUUCCGAGGGCAAGGAACGAUCGCCGGGCCUGGCUAUUAGACCACUUUAAAGGAUCGCAUCUAUUCCAAGAAGCGUCCUAGGUACUGAUCUAUGAGAGACGUAAUAGUCAAACUCUGCGCAUGGCCUCGAAGAGAAGUUGAGACCUUUAAAGAACAGCCGGCAUGCUUCACGCUCACAGAAGACACGCCUUUGGAUGAACUUAAAAGGCAUAACAUGGUGACAUUAUUGCCUAAUCAUCUGGCACGAAUUUAAACAACGA